GUGCUAUCUGCGUCAUUAAAAUUGACCAUUUAAACUUUUGGUCUAAUAGGUUUUUUUUUCAAACUAAAUUCAUAUAGAAUGGUUCUCAACAUAAUUUUGGUGGUGGUUGUUGCAUUUUUGUUUCAUCAUUUGUACUGGAAGAGGCGAAAUUGGCCAGCUGGCCCUACCCCACUUCCACUAAUUGGCAACCUUCUUUCCCUUCGAAAUCCGGCUCCUGGCUACAAAGCCUUCGCUCGAUGGACUGCAAAAUACGGCGAUAUCUACACAUUUUGGCUCGGAACCCGGCCAUACAUCCUGGUAUCCAGCUAUGAAGCUCUCAAGGAAACAUUCAUAAAAGACGGGGAAACAUACGCCGACAAAAAGCCAAUGGCAUUUCAAGAAUCAUUUCGCGGAGGGUCUUAUGGAGUUGUUGAGACUAAUGGGCCUUUUUGGAGGGAACAUCGGCGAUUCGCAAUUCAUCAAUUUCGAGAUUUUGGGCUUGGAAAGGAUCGAAUGGAGCAGAGGAUAAUGCUGGAAGUGGAGGAUAUUUUCAACAAUUGUGAUAAGACAAUUGGAGAAGGCGUAGAUUUGACAGACAUUUUUGAUAGAGCCGUGGGAAAUGUGAUAAAUCAAAUGCUUUUUGGAUAUCGAUUUGACGAGACCCGUGCCGACGAGUUCCGCACAAUUCGAGCAUUCUUCAAUUUCAAUAGUGGAGAGUUCGCAAGUUUUUCAAUGCGAGUCCAGUUUUUCCUUCCGUGGAUGGGCUAUAUUAUGCCAGGACCAACGAUUUUGGAUCGGUUCAAAAAGUAUCAAAAGGGGUUCACUGAGUUUUUCGGGACUCAGAUUGAGAAUCAUAAGAAGGAAAUCGAUUUCGAGUUGGAAGAAAAUUCGGAUUAUGUGGAGGCGUUUUUGAAGGAGCAGAGGAAACGAGAAGCAAGCGGGGACUUUGAGUCGUUCAGCACCAAACAGCUGUCCAACAUGUGUCUCGAUCUCUGGUUUGCUGCUCUGAUGACCACCUCAAAUACGAUGACAUGGUGCUUUGCCUACACCCUAAACUACCUGGAUGCUCAACAAAAACUCCAUGAAGAACUCGAUCGAGUGAUCGGAAGCGAGCGACACAUCAACACUGCUGACAAGCCUAAUCUACCGUACACCAACGCGUACAUCAACGAGAUCCAGCGAACCGCCAACUUGGUACCCUUGAAUCUUCUUCACAUGACGACCAGGGAUACUGUACUGAAGGGGUACAAUAUUCCAAAGGGUACUGGAGUGGUGGCACAGAUAAGUACAGUUAUGUAUGAUGAGAAUGUCUUCCCUGAGCCGUAUAUUUUCAAGCCGGAGAGAUUCCUUGAUGACGAUGGAAAACUGAAAAAGGUCGAGCAACUGGUCCCAUUUUCAGUUGGAAAACGGCAGUGCCUCGGAGAAGGGCUUGCUCGUAUGGAGCUCUUCCUUUUUAUUGCCAACUUUUUCAAUAGAUACAGGGUUGUUCCGGAUGCAAACGGGCCUCCAAUUAUUGAUAAAGCUGUGCUAGGUGGCAUGCACACGAAGGAGUUCAAGGCAAUUUUGCAGAGACGACAUGUGUCGGAAUGAUUUUGGAAUUUUUUGGAUUAAUUAGAUAUAAUAAAAUUUUGAUUAUA